GGCUAGGAAGCCUUUUGGUGCUACUCCUUGUGGUUUCAGUUCAAAGUGCUCCGACGUCAAUGGCUCUUGACGAUCGGAGACUUAGCCAGCCACCUAAAUGGGUGAACCCCUGUGGUCUAGCAGCUGAAGAUAUUGAUGGCAGCUUGGAUGUCGAACAAUUGAAAGAUGAACAACUGCUUGCUCAAGUUGUUGUCCAGGCUAAAACGGCUCUAGAUCAUGCACAACUUUUCUGUGACGAUUUUGUUAACAAAACGUUUCAUACUACAUUGAACGAUGUACAUUCAACAUGGAAAGAUAAUCAUUACGAUUGGCUGCCAGGCGAUAAAGACAUCCCAAAGCAGCUGGGAGAACAAUUAACCAAGGAAUAUUUAAACAAGCUGGAGCUCGAUACUGCCCUCUUAAAUGCCUACGAGUUUUUGCAGAAAUACGCUGUGGGUCUAGAGCAAAUAGUCUGGGACCAAGAGGAUCAUCGACUUGAGUUUCUCAAACAAUUUAAAGACACCGAGUACAAACUCCGAACGGUUCUAUGUGAGCUACAGGUGGCUUUGAUGGAACGUGGUGUAACACCACGAGCAGACGUGACUCGGGAAGUCAUGACACCUGAAUAUCGUGCUAUGGCAUCAUCAUCAACAUACAGAAAUCUACGAGACUGGCUGAUCUUUCGAGAUUACAUGAAUGGCUUGGAGUAUGUAGUGCAAGUCUUUGAACAUCUUAAACGUAACCUAGAAUCUUGAGGAUGGCAAGGCGGUGGUCGGCGUAGGGCUACUCGACGACGAAUCAUUCGUUUCUCUAGACGUAUCCCACGAACUCUUUCCACUUCGUGAUGAUAGUUGCUAAGCCAUUCUAAUUAUUGAACUCAAAAUUUUAAAUUCCAAGUAUUACAUUUUUUUUGGCACUCUUGUGUGGUCAUCAUCAUCAUCAUCAUCAUCAUCAUAUGGUUUAGCUACGUCGAAUUGUGUUAGUCUCUUGCUGGCUAAUCGCCGCUGACUUUUUUAUUUUAUCGAUACAAUUACACACUUUUUAGAACAUCCUUGGUCGCAAUAUAUGUAUAUAUUUUUUAAAAUAAUUAGUAACAUUAAUCUAAAUAUUUUUAAAGUUGAAAAAAAGCAACGAGUUCAUUCAUCAAACAUAAAACAGUUAUUUACUCUUCACAAUCUUUACUUUAAUUAUUAAACUUCCCUAAACUAGUUAGAAAUAUCAAUGAAAUUUUUGCGAAAUUUAGAAAAACUAAAUAAUAUAAAAGUCAACUUGCCUUUUCUACUCUUAAUGUUUGUGUCCGGCACAUCGGACAAUCUAGCGGUACUCUUCGUAAAAUUGCAUUGUUCUGGAAUGUCCUCAAGCAUGAUCCGCAGAGAGCUGCAUGUCGGCAAGGUAUCAUUACAUGUGUUAUGUCGUUAUGAAGACAUAUUACACACUUAUGAUUACCCGGGUAGUCAAUUCUUUCUGGAAAAUUUUUAACUUGUAUAUUAAUCUGAUUUACAUGAAAGUACACCGAAAAACAUAAUAUUAUCUUCUACUUUCUCUAUGAAUAUUUUGUGUAUUUUCAUUGAUUUUUAUUAACUAAUUUUACCUUGCAGCUCGACAUGUCCAGUAUUUAAUGUGAAUAACUCUCCAUAUCUUGUCCUCCAUAUGUUUUUUUAUUAUUAUUUUUUUCAUAGAUAAGAUAUAAAAUUU